GCAAAACUGCAGUAAUCCCAUUCCCAGUAAGCUCAUCGAGCCCUAUAUAUAUGUAUGCAUUGUGAAAUUUGAUGUUUUAAUCUUCCAUCUUUCACUCAGAAUCGAAAUACACAGGCGUGCGGAAGAACGCAGGCAAUUCUGUAAACGAACUUGCAGAUAAAGAUGAGAAUUUUAUUCCCAUGAAAUUCUGAAUUCGAAAUUACCAUACUCGAUAUAAUUAGUUCAUCAAUUCCUACAACAAAUCGAAUAUCUGGGGGAUAGCAUGAGCAAAUUAGGGUCGAAAAUCGCGGUAUUUCACGGCGAAGCGAGUUUAGGAGAAUUGGAGGUGAAAUUCGUUGCAAAAGACACAAAAUUCCAGUUCCCUAACAACGAAAUUCGAAUCCAUCACAUUUCGCCUCUCAGCGAAAGGUGUCAUCCACUGUCUCUCCUCCACACCCUUUCCCCUUUCUCUCUCCUCUGCAAACUCGAACCUUCUGAUCAACACCAACAGCAGCAACCAAACCUGCUGAGUCUGCACGCCUCAUGUUUCUAUGAGCUUAAAUCGGCUGUAGUUUUGCUUAAUAAUGAGGAGAUUCAUCUUGUUGCAAUGCCCAGUAAGCAAAAGAAGUUCCCUUGUUUCUGGGUUUAUGGGGCGCCGGUUGGACUUUAUGUUUCUUGUUUAGGGAUGUUGAAUUUGCGGUGUUUGUCGAUUGUUUUCGAUCUCGAUGAAACUCUUAUUGUUGCCAAUACUAUGAAGUCUUUCGAGGAUCGGAUUGAUGCUUUGAAGAGUUGGAUUUCCCGGGAGGGGGACCCCGUCAGAGUUUCGGGGAUGAAUGGGGAGUGGAAGAGGUACGCUGAGGAUCGGGCGUUGCUUAAGCAGUAUGCUGAGAAUGAUUGUGUUGUGGAUGGUGGAAAGGUUUAUAAGGCGCAAUUGGAGGAGGUUUCUCCAUUGUCUGAGAAUCAUGAGACUCUUGUCCGUCCUGUGGUUAGGUUGCCUGAGAAGCAUCUUGUUCUUACUCGAAUUAAUCCGGAGAAUCGUGAUACCAGUGUUCUUGUGAGGUUACGACCUGCUUGGGAGGACUUAAGAAGUUACUUGACAGCGAAGGGGCGCAAACGAUUUGAAGUAUUUGUCUGUACCAUGGCUGAGAGAGAUUAUGCUUUAGAGAUGUGGAGGCUUCUUGACCCAGAGGCAAACCUAAUAAAUGCGAAGCAACUUCUGAACCGGGUUGUAUGCGUGAAGUCAGGAUCAAGAAAAUCUUUGCUUCAUGUAUUUCAAGAUGGUGUUUGUCAUCCUAACAUGGCAAUGGUGAUUGAUGACCGGUUGAAGGUGUGGGAGGAUAAAGAUCAGCCACGUGUGCAUGUGGUUCCUGCAUUUACCCCAUACUAUGCUCCCCAAGCUGAGACAGCAAAUGCUGUUCCAGUCCUAUGCGUAGCUAGAAAUGUUGCAUGCAACGUGAGGGGGGGCUUUUUCAAAGAAUUUGAUGAAAAUUUACUGAGGAAAAUAUUUGAGUUAUUUUAUGAAGAUGAGAUGUCAAAUUUACCUUCCCCGCCAGAUGUGAGCAAUUAUUUGAUUUCAGAGGAGACCGGAUUUGCACCAAAUGGAAACGCAAACGCUCCCAUGACUGACGGAAUUUCUGGUGCAGAAGUUGAACAGAGAUUACCGCAAUCAGACGAAAAACUUGCUGCGGACUCAGAUGCUAAUUCAGCAAAUAAUAUUCCUGACUUGAGAUCUGAAACACUACAGCAGUCAAUCCCAUCUGUUUCAGGUGUUGCUAAUCCUUUGAGAGCGACUAUGCCUUCACAAAAGGGCCUGCUUGGGAUACCAGCUAGAAGAGAAGUAAGAAAUCCGUCAGGUGAUCCGCCUAUUCUGAAAUUACCUGCUCAGACAUCACAAGGUAGCUGGUUGGUAGAAGAAGAUGGGAGUAUGGGACUCUUGAGCAACCGAGGCAUUUUGCAUGGGCAAGAGUCUGAUAUGUCUAAAGUUGAUAAACAAAGAGCUUACUCGAGUUUUCCUGGACACACCAUAGCACCAUCUGUUUCAUCGGUCCAGUUUUCCAGGGGCAGGGCCGAUGAGGCAAGUCUUGGACAGGAAUUUCCAAAACAAAAUCUACCUGCUAGUGAGACAGCUGGUGUUACUGAAAUAGCUACUUCUCAGAGUCAAGCUACUAGCAUUAGCAAAGAAACACUAGGUGAUGCUGUAAAAGUAAAUACACUGCCCUCCAGCUUAUCUAUCAGUGUGCUGCAAGAAAUUGGUCGAAGAUGUUGUUCGAAGGUUGAGUUCAAGCCGAUACUAAGCACAAGUAAGGAUUUGCAGUUUUCUGUUGAGGUAUUGUUCACUGGUGAGAAGAUUGGUGUUGGUAUGGGUAAGACUAGAAAGGAUGCUCAACAGCAAGCUGCUGAAAAUGCUCUUCGUUGUUUAGCUGAAAAAUAUUUGGCUUAUGUGACGCGUGCUGGAUCAAUUGACCGGGAUGAAAAACUUCAAGUCCAGAAUGAAAAUGGAUUUUUAUGGGAUGACAUCAACAUUCAAUCUGAUGAAUUAUCUUCAGAAGAAAAGCUACAGAGGGACAAUGCUUUCGAGGCUGCAGAAGUGGCUUCCGUAAGUACUUCCUCGAUGGUCAUUAGUCAUCAGGCACCGAAGCCAGCAAAUUCACCCAGGUUACAGCAUUCCUUUUCUGGGAAACGGUCCAAAGAAGAAACAGGACGUGGUCUGCAAAGUUCAACAUCUGUCCGACAACAGAGGAAUGGUCAUCCCAUGUUAUAAGUUGUCAUGAAUUUACAGUAGGAUUGCGAGAAAGGACUUACUGCAGCUGGCUUGCAGAAAGUGGUUUCCAUGACUGUGAUUGGUUGGUGCCUACCUGUCAUGGCUGCCAAGGUGAGAAUCCUCUCCAAUACGCUACCAUACAUGAUAACAAUAGAUACCACAUUUGCUGAUCAUCUGGAGCAAGUUUUGAGAGGUUUAUUUUGAGCUGGUUAAGCAAGGGCCCGAUUGGGUAUCAGGCUUUGCACGUAAAUUAUGUUUCAACAACCAGCUCAACAAGGGGCUUAUGUAAAUUUACUAGUUUUUUGUUUGGCUGUCAUUUUUCAGACAGAGCUAUCUGAAGUAGACAGCUCACAAUCACACUAUUUUCCUGUGAUUUCCAUAGCAAUAUUGUUGAUGCCUUCA